GACAAGUAUAGCAAGUGAAGCUCCAAAGGUGAAGAAUCGCAAGAAGCAAUCAGCGCGUCAGUAAAGAGAAGAGAUAUCGUUCAUUCAAUCAUGGGUUGCCACAACUACCACGAGCACGAGCUGAAGCCAGACAACAUGAGACGUCCUUACCGCUGCGAUGGAUGUGAAGAGAUGGGGUUCGGUCCUCGAUAUGCUUGCGCCGAGCAUUGUGGCUACCUUCUGCACGAGCACUGCGCAAACACUAGGGACACCCUCGCCCAUCCCUUCUUCCCAGGUUGCGUCUUCCACUUCCUCCGCUCGGGCGAUCCCAAUCGCCGCUGUGACGCGUGCGGCGGAGACAUCAAUGGUUUUGUCUACCAUUGCUUCGACAAAGGGUGGGACUUGCACCCGUGCUGUGCGAACCUGGAGACGAUGAUACAUGUGCAAGCGGAGGAAGAGAACAUGACACUGUUUCUACACGAGAAAGAGACUUCCAAGUGUUGCAGGUGCGGCAAGAAGAAGCUGAACAAACGUGCAAGAAGCUGGAUGUACGUUUCAGGGUGCAAGGAGUACCACUUCCAUGUGUCCUGUGUCAAGGAGGACAUGAUCGAACAUCUGGAGAAGUCCUUCCUUGGUGGCAAAGGAGCUGCAGCAAAUGGCGAGGUCAACGAAAGCCGAGAUCUGGAGAUCAAGAGCCUGCCCGGGCUUCAGCUUGCUCGCAGAAGAGAGAGCGGAAAGAAGAGAAGGUUUGCCAAGUUCAAGAAGAUCGUGCAGAUCGCUAUCAGCUUCAUCAUGGCGGCGUUCGUCGGGGAUCCGUCUGCAUUUGUUGCAAGUCUCAUCGUAAACCUUAUUACUAAUUUAUAGGCUGAAGUAUUGUUUUCUUCCUCAAACUCCUUUUUUACGUCGAAGGAUUUUUCUGUAAAGAAAAUUAGCCAAAGCAAAAGAUCUGUUAGGUCA